AUGAAACACAGACAGCAGCAGCCGAAGUUAUCACACCCGACUGUAGAUGAUUCUGUGGAUUCAAUUUUCGCAUUUUAUCCCCCAGACCCCGAGAACAAGACGGUUGUGCCUCAUGCUCCUGGAGAGUUGUUGCGACAAGAGUACACCAAACCUUGUCACAGAUAUCCUCCCAUAAACACGCUUUUCGUGGGUAAUCUCCCUAGGAGCACAGGGGAUUAUGGUGACUAUCUUGAAACUCGAUUAAGAGCCUUGUUUUCUCUGCGCCCGGGAUAUAGAAGAUUACUAUUCACCCGCAAGAGCGACGGGCGAAUGAUGUGUUUUGUCGACUUUCAGGAUGUACAUCAUGCCACGAUGUCUCUCAACGACCUCACUGGCUCCACGCUCGACGGGCUCAUAAGAAACGGUGGUAUCCAUCUGACGUAUAGUAAAACAUGUAUGGGUUCCCGUAGGCCAUAUAGUGCGGGUACGGGUGCAUAUGCAACUCCUCCAAGCUUCGGAGCCUAA